AUGUCGUCUUUCUUGAAAUCGCUAUUUUCAAAGCAAGAAGCUACCAAAGAAGAGCCUGCACGAGCGGGUGGAGAAAAGCAAACGAAAAGGAAAAGCAAGAAAAAACAAAAAAAUGAACCAGGAUGCACCCAAGAAAAAUGGGACGCAUUAGUAAGGAGCGGAGAAAAUUUGUCUGGAGUAGAUCAGCCUUUUGAAGUCACGAUGAAGGAAUUGGAAAAGCACAAUACGAAAGACGACUGUUGGAUUGCCGUUCGAGGAAAAGUCUAUAACGUUACCGCUUAUGCUCCCUAUCACCCAGACGGUGCAAAAAAAAUUUUUAAACACUCUGGCAUUGAUGCCACGAAACAAUAUAUGAAGGCUCAUGCUGAUGUGAAUGAAGAGGAAAUGCUAAGAACCUGCUUCGUUGGCCCAUUAGUCAAUUCAUCGACUUAA